UUUAUUCGUUAGCCAGUCUUUCCCUUUGACUUAUUAUAUCUUGUUAGGCACCUGCUUCUACGUGCUUUAUCCAUCGCCAUGGCGUCAACUACCCCCUCCGAUCACGACGACGACCACCACACUUUUUCAUCCAUCGGCAAGGCCGGAAAGUCUUCCGGUGAAAUCGAAGGCAUGGAUGUGCGUCUUCUCAACAAUUAUCACCAACCGGAAAAGUAUUCGGUACUUGCUGCUAUUCUUCCAUUUCUUUUCCCUGCUUUUGGAGGGCUGUUAUAUGGCUAUGAUAUCGGUGCCACCUCUUCUGCUACUAUUAAUAUAAAGUCACCUACCUUUAGCGGCAUCUCAUGGUAUGACUUGUCCUCCGUGCAAGUUGGUCUCAUCACCAGUGGUUCACUCUAUGGGGCUUUGAUUGGUUCUCUGUUGGCAUUUAAUGUUGCUGACUUUCUAGGAAGAAGGAGGGAGCUGAUGGUUUCAGCUGCAUCAUAUAUUAUCGGUGCUGUGAUAACAACACUCGCACCUGGUUUUGCAAUUAUGGUGGUUGGCCGCUUUAUAUACGGUAUUGGAAUCGGGCUGGCAAUGCAUGCUGCUCCAAUGUACAUUGCUGAGACAGCUGCAAGUCAGAUACGAGGUCGGUUAAUAUCCCUCAAAGAAUUCUUCAUUGUAAUGGGAAUGGUGUUAGGUUAUGUGGUUGGCAGCCUUUUGGUUGAGUUAUAUUCUGGUUGGCGGUAUAUGUACGCAACUGCUAUUCCUUUUGCAGUAGUUAUGGGGAUCGGGAUGUGGUGGCUACCAGCUUCACCAAGAUGGAUUUUACUACGUGCAAUUCAAGGAAAAGGUGAUAUGCAGGAAUUAAGAGAACAUGCCAUUUAUUGCUUAAGGAGGCUUAGAGGUGAAACUAUUGAUAACAAUUCAGCAACUCAAGAAGUUGAAGAUAUUUUGGCUGAAUUAUCGUAUAUUAGUGAGGAAGGUGAAGCUACCCUUGGGGAGAUGUUUCAGGGUAAAUGCUUGAAAGCGUUGAUUAUUGGUGCAGGUUUAGUCUUGUUCCAGCAGAUAACUGGUCAACCCAGUGUACUCUACUACGCUGCAUCAAUUUUUCAGACAGCAGGGUUCUCUGCUGCAUCAGAUGCUACACGGGCAUCCAUUUUUCUUGGUUUGUUAAAGUUAGUCAUGACUGGUGUAGCUGUUUUGGUUGUUGACAAACUUGGGAGGAGACCUUUGCUUCUUGGGGGCGUUUCUGGCAUUGCGAUCGCUUUGUUUCUCAUGGGAUCAUUUUACUCUUACCUCAGUGGUGUGCCUGCAGUAGCUGUUGUUGCAUUGCUGGUGUAUGUUGGAUGUUAUCAGAUAUCUUUUGGUCCUAUUGGUUGGUUGAUGAUAUCUGAAAUCUUCCCCUUACGCCUACGAGGGCGUGGAUUGAGUAUAGCGGUUCUUGUGAAUUUUGGCGCCAAUGCAUUAGUUGCAUUUGCAUUUUCUCCAUUACAGACGUUACUUGGGGCGGGGCCCCUUUUCUUCAUAUUUGGAGGGAUAGCAGUGGCGUCUCUGGUUUUCAUCUUCUUCAUAGUGCCAGAAACAAAAGGGCUGACACUAGAGGAAAUUGAGGCUAAACUCCUAUAAGAAAAGGAAUGGAAAUCUUGGUUUCGUUGUGAAUUUUCUUUGGUAUAUAAAGUAUGGCAUACUCGCUAGUCGUCAUUUUAUAAGUAAGAGAGGCAACUUUUAAGUCCUGAAUUCACCAAUCUUGUUCCAGACUCAUCUUGUUUAUGACAUCUCUCCGUUUUAUUUAUUUAUUUAUUUAUUAUUGUUAUUA